AUGGCCGCUUGGCGCACUUAUCGCACCGCCCUCGCCCUCGAGCCCAUUGGCCCACGACCCCCUCGGUCCCCGCUUCUCCGACCCGCGCUGCAAGACGACAAGUCCCGAAGCGGAAGGUUGCAAAGAAAAAGGUGGAGGGGGCCCCUUGCAGGCCUGCAGGCACAAUCCACCGGCGGGAAAAUGGAGACUGACGGAGUCGGGCAGGUCGCGGCCUUGCUUGCGGCCGAGGAAUGA